GGAUGUCAGAGCGCUGCUUCACCGCGCCUGAUCUCCACAAGAUCGGCGUACUGAUGCCACUGACUGACAACGGCGACCCUCAGCACUGGAAGGCGAUGGCCUGCGCCGCACUGCUCGCCGUCGCCCACUUCAACGCUCGCGACGGCAGCGUGGUGCCGGCCUUCUCACAAUCUUCCGGCGUCUCGAGCCUCGCUUUCAACCUCUCCGCCCGACUAUACGACACCGCCUACACACCAAACGGUGCUGUCGAGGCUUUCCGAGUGGCGCAGGAUGCGGGAAGCGCCGGGCUCGUCGGUCCGUACCGCUCUGCAAGCAGCAUCUCCCUAUAUCCGCGCGGCGACUUCCUCGACCUACCGCUCGUGUCGUACGGCUCCACGUCCGUUGUCCUCUCAAACAAGCCCGCCUUCUCCCGCACCGUCCCGACUGACGAGGACUCUGCGGCGGUUGUGGUGAGCGCGAUUGGCGGCUUCGGCUGGCGAAACUUCAACAUCGUUCACGUCAAUGACGCCUGGGGUAGUCCGUACGCGCAGCUCAUCGCGGCGCGCGCAGCAGCCUGCGGCCUCAACCCGCCUCUAAAGAUCAAGUUCGAAUAUGAUGACGAGCAAUCUGCGCGUGAAGCUGUCCGGACGCUCAGCAAGCAGCCGCAAACCAUCGUCGUGCUUCUCGCCUUUGUCAACGACCUGCCCGGUAUAUUCAACGAGGCGGACGCUCUUGGCCUGUUGAGCGGCUCGCACGCCUGGAUCGGCUCCCGCUCCUUCUCGCCCGCCUCGGUCAAUGCUCUGGUCGACGCCGGCCGGAUCUCCAACACCACACGAGACAAGCUCGAGGGGAUGCUGCAGGCAGGCCACGCGCCAAACACCGAGAGCUUCGGGCUCUUCAAGCAGUCCUUCGCCCGCCUCUCCCCAAAGGAGUGCGAGGCGAUGGACCCGCAGCUCGGCGGGAUGGAGCCCUCCACCUUUGCAGACCCGCCUGAAAACACGGCCUACGCCUUCGAUGCCACCGCCACCGUCGCGCUUGCUCUGAGGGAGCAGAGGGAAGGCAACCUCACCUCCGCCAACCUCUCCACCGCAGAGCUGCUGAGGCGCGUCUCAUUUGAGGGCGCGAGCGGCGCAGUCUCCUUCGGCGGGGAGGGGCACGGGGCGGGAGACCGCAAUGUCGCGUCGCUAUCGAGCGAGCUGCGCUCGUGGCGGCAGGAGGACGGGGCGGGCGAGCUCGACUACGUCCCGCUCCCGCUCGAGGCUGGCGCAAACCCGUGCUUCGCGACUCUGUCGCCCGAGGCGGCCGCGGGCAUGGUCUGGCUUGGCGGAGGGUCGACACCGCCUCGCGACGCCAUCCUCGUGGCGGAAGAGGAGGAGCGGAGGCGGCGCGACGAGGCGCAGGCACUGGUGUGGAAGCUCUGCGUCGGUGUCGGCGUGCCGGGCCUGCUCCUCCUCGCGUGCGGCGUGGCGCUGCUCUUCUACUCCUUUCGGCUGCAGAGCCGGAGGAAGCAGCUGCUGUGGCGCCACAGCCGACUGCCCCUCCGCUUCUCGCACACCGCGCCCGGCGGCAAGUACCAUCUCUUCCUCUCGCACACGUGGCUGAGCGGCCAGGACCAGGCGCUGCACCGUGGCCCAGCGGCGGCCGUGCAGCACGCGGGUCCCUCGACGCGCCUCCUGCCCCCUCUGCCACGCCAGGUGCACCUGAUCAAGCGGCGGCUGAGCACGCUCGCACCCGGCAUGGACAUCUUCCUCGACGUCGACAACCUGCAGGAGUUCGGCAGCCUCGCCGACGAGGCGAGGCGCGACUGCCCCGAGGCGAUCCGCGACGAAAUCUUUGGAACGAGCCGACCGGUCGUGUCGUGGCAGCGCUCCGACGCCUUCCAGCAGGUCGCGCUCAAGCGCAUCGUCGCCGAGGCCCUCCUCGCGUGGACGAGGGGGCUGUGGCACAGCAGCCGCGCCUCGGGCGAGGAGGCCGCGGCGGGUGGCAGGCUCGGCGGAGGGAAGGGCGGGCGGGGCGGCAUCUCAGGCAUCUCGUUGGGGAGCGACGCGCUGUACUUGCACACGGAGGCGCGGCUGGCGGCGAGGCUGCAGGGCGGGCGGCUCGUCCUCGCUUUCUCGCGCCACAACCCGGGCGCGCGCGAGAUCGCGCUCGAGGUCGCGUCGCUGGUGGCUGGCUGCAGCGCCGCGGAGUGGCCUCUGGCUGGACCUCUGGACGGGCGGGUGGUGCCGCUCUUGCUGCUCGACGCGACGACGUUUGGCGGAGACUGCGGCGAGGACCUCGCCGACGACGUGCGGCAGUGGUGCGCGCAGGUCGCCGCGUCGCGCGAGCCGCCGCAGGAGGAGUGCAGCGCCGUCGCCCUCCGCCCCUCCUUCUCCAGCUCGCUGGGCGGCUCGUCGCGCAGGAGCGGCGGCGGGCGCGCCGCGUCGCCGAAGCGGCGCAACUCGCUCUCGCGCCGCCCCUCCCUCUCGCGCUUGCCGAGCCUCUCCUGCGCCCGCGGGCCGGAGGGCGGCUGCCCCUUCGAGGAGGUGAUGCAGCGCACGCCGACCGACCUCGUGCACGCGUCCCUCUUCACGCAGAUCGCGCUGCCGUGGUUCGAGCAGCCCGACUUCAGAAAGGCGGCGCUGGUCGCGCUCUCGCAGGAGCUCGACCAGCGAAGCCUCGCCGCCUGAGCCGGGACAACGCGGCGGGCCGUUUACAGCUGCGGUGUCCGGCUCCUCAGACCGCAUAUUUGCAUACUCGUACAGGUCUUGAGGCCGUAUUAGCCUCAACAUUUCUACGUGUGAGUGGGCUCUUGUAUCUGAGCAAGUGCAUGCGACAAUAGCGCCACAUGUACAUGUCAGGCGUUGCGUACGGACGUGUGGAAGUCGGAAUGUGUAUAAAGUACGUAUUUGUGGAGGCCGAAGCCGACGG